UUAUCACUUGCUGCUCGAGACGCGAUUGAAAAUCUCCCAACAGACUUUACAAGUGCCCUUUCAAUGGCACAACACCAGCAAGUUCUCGAGGCCUUCUCACAACUCAAUUUUAUUUCCAAAGGAUCACAACAUCCGAAAUUGUUCCAGCUCAGAUGCCUUAUAUCAUUACUUUCUGCAAGACACAUUGUACUUCGAGCUGCAACAGGCUCCGGAAAGACCCUCACAAUGAUUCUGCCUUUACUUCUUUCACCGGACAAAACAGCCAUCACCAUCACACCUUUGAAACUGCUGCAGCGUGAUCACGUA